AUGCGGCGUCUGCAGCCGGCGGAGGGGGAAGUGGAGCUGGCGUGUGGAGGCAAUUCCUCUGUGGUAGAUGUAGAGACUGAUGGCAUGGUAGGCCCUUCGCUGAGCCAUGAGGCAGCUCCAAGGUCCAGGGACCAGGUGGCAGUGGUGAAGAUGACUUCUAAAGGAUCUGGACGGGAAAGGGAGCUGCAGAGAGUGGGGUGGGUUUUGUGUGGGGGAGCGGGGCUGAUUCUGCAGGGAGGGUGUCCCUGUCUCUCACCAGCCCCGGGGCCUUUUCCUACAGACACUGUCGAUUGCGAGGGCCGCAGCCUGCUCAAGACCUUUGUGGCGGCUUCAGUGCGCAGGGGGGAAUCCGUCCAUGUUUUUGGCUUUGAAAUCCCCGAGGAAGAGUUCCGGGCUGGCUUUGACCCUGAUGUGGCUGCACAGUUGCUAUAUCAGGAUGGGUUUACAGAUCCCCUAUGCUGGAACGGGAAGACAGGGGGAUUCAGGGUGGAGGAGUUCUCAGUACUGGGGGUGGUGACGCGCUUGCAACGAGGACCUGUGGGAUCUGCCACCAUCAUCCUGGACUCACUCAGUUGGCUUCUGCUGCACCGGCCUGUGCCUGCCCUGUGCCAGACACUGGCACAGAUCCCGAGGGCUGCUGCCAAUGCAGGCCUGCGUGUGACGAGGAUCGUGGUCUUGCUGCAUGGGGACCUGCACCCCCUGGGCCUGGUGGACACACUCCACUCCCUAGCCCGAGCUGUAGUGUGGGUGGGGCCAGCCCCGGAGGGCAUGAGGAGCAAGGAGGAUGCCCACCAACUAGCCUCCAUGCUGCAGCGCAAGGGGAGCGGGAAAGUUGUUAAGAAGGAGGAAUAUUUCUCCAUCCUGACUGGCUUCACCCUGAAAGCUUUUGGAGAGCCCACCAGGAACACACCCCCAGAUGAGGAUGCUGACUCCCACUCUGCGGUGGACACUGCCGCCUACCUGACCUUCAACCUGCAGCUGUCGGACACAGAGCGCCAGGCUCGGGACAGGGUGCCGCUGCCUUUCCAUUUCAGUGCCCAAAAGAAGUCAUCUCUGCUUGAGGCCUCGGCUGGAACUGGAAAGAUCUAUUAUGAACCGGAUGCCACAGAUGACCUGGACGAAGAGGAUCCAGAUGAUGACCUGGAUGUGUGAGAACUGAGGAGGGUGUGUGAGGCCUCUUCAGCUUCGAUGGAGCCCCAGAUCUCUGUCUGGGAUGGAGCCCAGUUCUGGUGCUGCCAUAUCUAGGAUGGGGCAAUACCCAGGAGUGCACUGCUGACACCUGCUUAGGGGCAGAGAAAGGGUGGUUGUUUUUGUGAGGUCACGUGGUGCCAUCAGGCUUUUGACUGGAGUUAGUAUCUGACUAGGAGUGGGGCUGAGUUGUGGCCCUGGCCCCUCUUUCCCCAUAAAGCCCCCCUAUCAUUCUGCUGUCCCUCACAUCUCUACCACUUCCCCUUGUGGCAUGGGAAUGGACUUCCAUAAAGGACCCGGAGUUGGAUGGGAACUGGCAUCCUGUAGAGGGAAUGGGUCCUGUGGCUCAUUCCCUGACCUUCUGAGCCAGCUGGGAUUGGAGCCAGCUCUGUUUGUAGAGGUACGACUCAUCCUGCUUCAGUAGAGAGAAGGCUCCCCUCCCCCCCACUCUUAAAACUAGCUGAUUCCCUUUUUUGGUAGAAUGUACAAAAAAAACUCAACGUCCAUUGCUGCUGCCUCUGCCAGACCCCCAUGUUGUUCCCUUGUUUGUAUAAACCAUGUGCCUUGUGCAGCAAUUAAAUGAAA